AUGCAUGCGCACAACAAUCACAAGUUGAUCAAUGCCUAUGAGAAGAAAACCACCGUGGUUCGAUACUUCGAGAAUGUGUUGAUGCAGCAGCGGAAGGGUGUGAUGGAUUUGAAGAGCUUCACCUUCUGGAACGCGCAACUCAUUCCCUGGAUCACUCUGCUGGCCAUCGGUUUCUACAUCGGGGCAUCGGCCAAAAUGGUCCUGGGGGGACGCAUCUCUCUGGGAGCUCUGGUGACCACCAUCAACGUGUAUAAGGACCUGGGCGACCGGUUUUCGACGAUCUUGGACGGCCUAAAGGCGCUGAGCAAAGCUAUCAGCCCUUUGUCUGGGCUCACGAUCCAAUUCAACUUGGAGACGGACAUUCCUGCGCUCCUGGGACUGACUAUGAAGAUCUCGAUUGGAUUUAUAUUUUUAAUAUAUAGUUAUAUAGAUAUACUGAUUUCAUAUAUAUAUAUAUAUGUAUAUCAUAUACAUAUUAUAUAA